AUGGCUCCCACUAUCGAGGCCGAAGAGCCUCACAACAACUUUGACACUAUACUCGUUCUCGAUUUUGGCUCUCAAACGAGCCAUCUUAUCCUGCGUCGGCUUCGGGCUAUCGGCGUCUUCGCUGAGCUGCUUCCGUGUACCACUAAGAUCGCUGAUCUGACAUGGAAGCCUAAAGGAAUUGUUUUCUCUGGAGGUCCUUCUUCUGUCUACGAUGACGGCUCGCCCCAUGUUGACCCCGCUGUUUUUGAUCUUGAUGUGCCUAUUCUGGGUAUUUGCUAUGGCUGCCAGGAGAUCGCAUGGCGAAUCGACUCAACGAAUGUUGCCCGCGGAGAGGCACGAGAGUAUGGCCACGCCGACGUUAAAAUAACUAAGGUUAAUAGUAAUGUCGACCGGCUUUUCGCUGGUUUGGGGGAUGAAAUUCCUGUGUUCAUGUCCCACUUCGACAAGCUAGUUAGCCUGCCUACGGAUUUUGUGGUCAUUGGUGCCACCAAGAACUCCGAGUACGCCGGCAUCGCCCACGUGCAGAAGCCUAUCUUUGGCGUCCAGUUCCACCCUGAGCUCGAACACACUCCCCGCGGAACCGAAAUCCUCCACAACUUCAGUGUUGACAUCUGCGGAGCUCAACCGAAUUGGAAAAUGGGCGACUUCGCCCAGCUUGAGAUCGCUCGUAUCCGCGAUCUUGUUGGUGACCGAGCACUUGUCCUUGGGGCCGUGAGCGGUGGUGUUGAUAGCACUGUGGGAGCGGCCCUAAUGCGUGAUGCUAUCGGGGACCGCUUCAAAGCCAUCCUCGUCGACACUGGAUGUAUGCGUCUUAAUGAGUGCGAGGAGGUCAAGGAGACGCUCGGAAAACACCUUGGCAUUAAUCUCACAGUUGUUGAGGCUGGCGAGCUGUUCUUGAGUCGUCUUGCGGGUGUUUCUGAUCCCGAAAAGAAGCGGAAGAUCAUUGGGUCGACUUUUAUCGAUCUGUUCGAGAAAGAGGCUAUUAGGAUCGAGAAGGAGGCAGAGAACACCCCUAACUCCGGGAAGGUGGAAUUCUUCCUACAAGGGACAUUGUACCCCGACGUUAUCGAAUCUUUAAGCUUCCGCGGGCCUUCGGCCACUAUCAAGACUCACCACAACGUUGGCGGUCUGCCUGAGCGGAUGAUGAACGGCCAAGGCUUGCGUCUGAUUGAGCCGCUCAGACUUUUAUUCAAAGAUGAAGUGAGGGCAAUUGGUCGACAGCUCGGCAUACACGAGUCGCUAGUAAACCGGCACCCCUUCCCGGGCCCUGGCAUUGCUAUUCGCAUCCUCGGUGACGUUACCAAGGAGCGAGUGGAGAUUGCCCGUAAGGCCGACCACAUCUUCAUCACCAUGAUCAAGGAGGCUGGCCUUUACGACCAGAUAUCUCAAGCCUUCGCGGGUCUCGAUACUAAUCGCAGUGUUGGUGUUUUUGGUGACCAGCGAGUUUGGGGUUACAUCGUGAUUCUCCGUGCUGUUGGUACCAAGGAUUUCAUGAGCGCAGACGUCUUUGACUUCGAGAACUCCUUCCUUAAGGAUGUAUCGCGCACUAUUUGCAAUCAGGUAGAGGGCGUGUCCCGUGUUGUCUAUGAUUUAACCUCAAAGCCCCCUGGCACCAUUGAGCUGGAAUAA